GGAGGGGCUCCGAGCUCGCCGCAAUUUUCCCGCGCGUUUUUUGGAAGCGACGCGCGGUACACAGCACUCACUGGAGGCUGGCGACGAUCCUGGGCAUGAAGGCGGUGCACGGGAAGGGGUUGGGGUCGCCUAUGGACGCUGAACAACUGAGGAGGAGCGUGCGGCAGCUGGUGACCAGCCACGUGGAGGUUGACCUCCUGUUUAAGGAGAUUGCAGACCUUGGUUUAGGCAAUGACAUUUUGGGCACGGAUCCUGGACAUUUGAAGGCCCCUGCGGUCAUCGGCUGUGCAGUUUCAGGGAUGCAGGAGAUCGUUCAGGAGCAAGUAGCAGCCACAGGUCUCUGUGGUGAUGUCCUGGCCGCAAAGCUCCUGGCUGCCGAAGUGCUGAGCAUUCUGGGAGUGCGCAAGCCCACACGGAGCGACACGACCCACACCCCACAAGACCACACCAAGUGUCAGGCGCUGCUGGAGCCCGAGCAGAGAACGAGGCUUGUGGCGGUGCUGGGCGCGUGCUCACAGCUGCUGACGAGCACGGGGCUCAGCCGGCCUCACUUCCUGCAUCAGCUGCAGCAGCAACAGCUGGGGUGUGUGCCACUGGAGCUGCUGUGGCGUCUUCACGUAGCGGACGUCGUCCCCCUGCACCACUCCCUGGCCAGCUGGAGCGACGAUGCAGCAGCCGUAGUGCGGAGCUGCGUGGCCUCCUCGCUGCUGGAGCUGCUGAGCGUCGUGCCCGGCGGCACUGAGAGCCCUCGGCGCGAGACGCUGCAAGGGCUGGUGGUCGAACUGGUCCGGGUUGCGUAUGGAGAUGCCGGCCAGGAGACAGGUCAACAGGUUUGCGUUCAGAUACUGGAUCUACUCUUACACGGCUGCACGGCGGAGCUCGUGAGCGGCGCGCCACCGCCGGCCCCGGCUCGACGCCUUCCCAGGCUGAACCCCUGGGAGCUCGUCGCCCUGAGUCCUUCCGUGCCUCUCCCCGCACUGCGUGCGUUCUGCUCGCACCACCUCUCUCUCCUCCUCAGCCACGACCCCCGGCUCAAAGUUGCCGACGCUGUGUCUCGGCAGGCAGAGUGGAGCUUUGCAAAGAUGCCGCCGUUUCUUUUUGAUAUUUAUAGACAGCUGAUGCUGCCGUUCGGUGUGGAGGAGCUGAUAUCUCAGUUUGAGAGCAUCCUGGGCACACAGGAGUUGAACUGGCCGGCCGUGCUGUCCUGCGUCUCCGCACUGCUCGCGUGCUUCCCAAAGGCCCACAUCCUGCUGCAAGACAUGCUGCGGAGGCUGCUGACGCAGGCGUUCUGCAGCUACGAGGUCGAGAGCCUCGUUCUGGCGCUGCUGCUGGCACGCCAGGCAGCGCUGGGUGACGCUGGGGGGUCAGCCAGCUACACGCGGUGGUUCCAGAGCUCUUUCGGUGACGCCAAAGGGUUCCACGUGGGCAGCAAGAAGUCGCUGUUGUUCCUCCUCAAGUUCCUGUCGGAGCUGGUGCCAUUUGAGCCUCCGCACUACCUCAAGAUUCACAUCCUAAACCCCCCGUUUGUGGAGCUGAAGCAACGCGCUGCGCUGAUGGAAUACGUGUCCCUGGCGAGGACCAGGCUUGUCGACCUCAAGGAGUCCAUAGAGGAGAUGGGCCUCUACGCUGACCCAGUCGAGGACCGUCGCGCGCAGGACGGAUCGGGCGCCCAUCGCAUGGAGGAUGACGUGGAGAAGACGCUGGUGGCAUUUGAGCGCACGGGAAAGAUCCCGUCUAGUGUCAUGGAGGCGAGCAUUUUCAGGAGGCCAUAUUUCCAGAUGCGCUUCUUGCCAGCGCUGCUGAAAACGCGCCGUCUUCCUGAUGACCCAGAUGUUCGCAUGGUCUUCAUCGAGGCCAUGAGGAGAGCCGACAAGAUUCCCAGCCACAUGUUCAGAGCCUACGUGGAGGCAUGCAGCAUGGCCGAGAUCCAGCAGCAGCAGCACGGGCAGCAGGACACGUUGCCCGUGGGAGGAAUUCCCUCUGAACCGAUGGACGUCGUGCGGCAGAGCCUGGAGUCACUCCCCUCUGUCGCCUCCCUUGCAGCCAGGAGCCCGGACACGCAGGAUGCAGUGUCACAUCUCGUGCUGCGUGUGGAGGAGUGCCUGCGGGAGCUGCAUGGGGCCGAUCCUCCCCGGGAGCUCCGCCUGGGCCCCGUUGCCAAGGAGCACCUUCAGUUGGUCGACCUGCUUCUCAACAGCUUCUGCAAGGCGGUGACCGGUGUCUGCGCCAUGCACCACGACUUCAGGCUGCCUGACUGGAGUUGCCGGUUCGUGUUGAUGCUCGCGGGCCUGAGCUGGCUUCACAAGCCGCUACUCAGCAGAGUGUGGGCCCUCCUCCUCAAACAGGCCCAGCAGCUAAGCGAUUGCCACAUACUGGGCCUGGCCGCUUUUCUGGCGCUCGUACACCGGCACCGCAGCGCCUUCCCGCUCGUGACGGCCCUGCCUGCAUCCACUGCCACCGACCCUGCAGAGCCGCUCCUGCAGGCCGUGCCAUUCACGGAGAGCGUGGCCGCGGCGCUGCCCUGCAGCUCCGCCGUGGAGAUGCUCCUUUCGUUGCGGCUGUGCACGGCACUGCUCUCCUUCUCUCUUUCCGCUGCCGGCGCCGAGGAGACCGCGCUGAGCGAGAACUUCACGAAGAAGUUCCUCUUUCUCGCCGAUCGACUGGGCGAGCUGGUGCACACUUCCGGUGUGCAGGCUGCGUGCAGCGCGCUGGCCUCAUCAUCGCCGCUGCAGCGCUCACUCGAGCAGCACGGCCCUCGGGGCGAGGUAGGAGAGGCGAGGGGAGAAAGGCUAGCGGUAGAGAAGCACACCUUCUACAGAGGCACCGUUGAGAGCAUCUUGACGAGCUGCAUCACCGUGUGGUACGGCACCUGCACCGUGUCCUGCCGCAAGACUCUGCAGCGCAUACUCUUCAAGAGGGGUGAUGACGAAGAGUGA